AGACCGAGAUAAAGGAAAAUACGAAGUCAGUGUGAUCCUAGUUUCGUGCAAGGAUUGAUUUUGUACUUUGAUAGUUUAAGGAACAGAAUGAUAUAAUAAUAAAAAAUUUUCCUCAACAGUGGGCAAAGGAAAAAUCUCCUCAAGAUCUUGUCUCUAAUCCUUCCACGAUCUUGCUAUAAUCGUGCCGCGAUCCCGUCACUGUCUUGAAACACAAACGAAACGGGAUCGUAUAACGAACUUGAUCAAGAACGCGAUUCCAAUUAUAAGAUCGCGAUUUUAUUUUGUCAAGUUCAGCAUUUUUCGUUACAUGGGAAAAAAGUCGGGUUCGCGAUCAGAUCUCAGCAAGAAUGGAACGGGAAUAUCACUAGGGAUCGUACAUGCAUUUGAGAUAUAAAAGAGAAACGCUAACUGUAUAGGUGUGCACAUAUAUCAUAUGAUACCAUCGAGUGUAUUGUAUGACGAAAGUCUAGAAAUUCAUGGUUAGAAGAAAAUAUUCACUAUACCCUUCCUCUCUGCCUUCUAAGACUAUAGACAUCAGAACAAUUUCAAGAUAGUCGCAGCUUCAAAGAAAAGAACUCGAAAGUUUACAAAACAGGCAUAUUUUGCAGAACCAUGCGCUAGAAGACGUCUUCCAUUUUGGCGUGCUAACGACUGAAACUGCACACUUUUUAAUGAAUUUUGAACCUUCGAUAAAACUGUCAACUAAAAAGCAUGAGAAUGUCUUCACGCUUUUAUUUUCAUUGUUUUCCUUUGACAAACUAUCAGUUCAUGGUUACAUUUCUACAUUUUUGAGCUUUACGAUAUUUUUUUAUGAUUUAUAUUUGACAGUUCUUAAACUGACGGUUUUGUUUUACGGUUUUUCUUCGAUGGUUAUGGAUUUUACGGUUCUUUUUUCACCUUGUAGAGUCUAAUCAGGAAGAAAAAUUUUGCUUCUUAACUUUUGACGUCAUGUUUAUUGGGCACAUUUUACGCACUUAUCUAAUUCUAUUACUUUGAUAGAGCAUUUUUUGUUAAAAGCAGCUACAAAACAAUGUUUUACUACCGGGACAUUUUUCUUUUUCUCUCGAAUCGAAUAAAAGUUUAUUAUGUUUCUAAAAAACUAAAAUGUUUUCUGUUACACAAAUAGAAACAAGAGAUUCUAAGCAAGUCAGAAAUGUUGAGGAACGUGUACUUCCAAAUUACUAGAUGCCAGUAUUUUGAAGUCUUUCUUGAUUAAAUUUCGUCUAGUUAUAUAAAAUAGCUGUUCAAUUAACAAGAAUCUUUAUGUAUAACUGUUUUACUACUUCUAGAAGAAACAGAACAGAUGAUGUCAAAUGAACUACUCUCUAGAAUGGUCUACUUUUUUGUAAAUGGAGUUACGUUUAUCAUCUUAUGCUUACCAAUAUUCAUGUUCAUUAGACCAGUUUCAUUUUUAUUUAUUAUUACGAUCAUUGUAAUUAUUUUACAGUUGGUUUACAAUUUUUACAAACUACCAUCAGCUCAAGGUCAUCAUGUAUUUGAAAAUUUAAUCAUUGCACAUCGAGGUGGUCAACCAUUACUACGAGAUGACAAUAAUGAUUUUCCCGAAAAUUCUCUGGCCGCCUUUAAAUGGGCUUCAAUGAGUUUAUUAGUAGACGGUAUUGAACUUGAUACUCAGUUAUCAAAAGACUAUAUUCCAAUGGUUAUUCAUGAUACAUGGUUACAUCAAACAUUUGAUAAUUUUAAGACUGAUGUAGGAACGAGUGAUUUGUAUAAAACGGAACGCAUUCUUACAUUAGAAGAAGUAAUUCAAUUUCUUCAAAAAACAAAAUUAAAAGUAGUCAUUGAAAUAAAAGAAGUAAAACAUUUAAAAUUAAUGGCAUCAAUUAUUGAUAAAUUCUAUCGUCAGUAUCCAUUUUUAUAUGAACGAAGUUUUUGUUCAUCAUUUUUACCAAUAAAUCUCUAUUACUUGAGAUUGUUAAAUCCAAGAAUAAUAACUGGUCUUGUCUAUCUUGAACAGACAACUGACGGUUUAAUACGAGUAACAGAUGAUCUUGAAAAACCGUUGCCUACAUUUGUGAAAUACAACAUAUUUUUUAAACUAGUAAUAGAUAAUAUUUUUCGAUUAUUUGCAACACCAUUAAUAUUGAAAUUAAUCGGUACUAAUAUUAUAUUAAUACAAAAAAAUGGUGUAUCUGGAAAUAUUAUUAACAAAUAUCGACAAAAUGAUAUUGUUGUCGCAGUAUGGUGUGCAAAUACAAAAGACGAAAAACUUUGGUUCAAAUCUCAAGGUGCAACAAUUAUUACCGAUAUACCAUUAGAUUGA